UUUUACGUUCCUUCCAGUUAGUUAUGACGUUUAUCUUUUAACAAACGUAGUCGCCACUAACAGUCAAGUAAAGCUCAUGUUACAUUGGUUAAGCCGCCAUUGAAGCCAUGGAGGAGCAAUUACAAGCUCUCGCUUAAUAAAAUUUGCAAUUCCAACAAGAUAUCAACAACAAUUUCAACAAUUGUUGUUGUAAUGGAUUUACAAAAGAAAGUUGAUAAAGAUUCUUCUUUGAACUCACCAAAUUUCAUUCAUCACAGCGACAAAGGGAGAAACCAUACUAAAUCACUGGGGUAUGGAUUCUUCAAGUGCGUCUGCCCCACAAUCACAAGCUUCUUCCGAUGUGGUUUCUUCUCUACCAAAGCGUAAUUCAGAAGAUGUUGGAUGGAAAUAUGGGAUGUUAUGUGAUCCCAAAAAUUUGGACCGGGUAAGGUGCAUAUCGUGUUCCAAAAGUAUGUCAGGAGGAGUGUACAGAAUGAAAGAGCAUAUUGCUCAUAUCACUGGAAACGUUGCUCCGUGUCCAAAAGCAACAAAAGAAGAUCAAGAAAUAUGCCGAAAUGCAAUAAUGAAUGCAAGGAACAAGAAAAGAAAAAAGAAAAAAGAAGAAGAUAUGCUUAGAGCUGAGGUUAAUAUUGAUGAUAGGCAACAGUUGGAAGAUGAUUUGGAAGAAGAGCUAGGAGUCUUGAAGGGUCCUAAUUUUCUCGGACCAAUGGAUAAGUUUGCAACAGUCAUUAAUCCUGAAGCUUCUUUAGGUGUUUCAAAAAAACAACAGGUGAUCACAGACACACUUUUUAAGGAGAGAACACACUCUGUGCAGCAAUAUUGCUCUCGAUGGGUGUACGAAGCAGGUAUUCCUUUCAACGCUAUUGAUAAUGAUAGUUUUAAAUUAUUUUGUGAGGCCCUAGGACAGUUUGGACCUGAUUGGGUACCUCCAACCCAAUAUCAGUUGAGAGAGACCUUAUUGAAAGAAGAAGUUGAGAGGACUAAGGGACUGCUUAAGGGCCAUGAAGAAGAAUGGGCACGAAAUGGGUGUUCUAUAAUGACUGAUGCAUGGACUGAUAGAAAAAAGCGGAGCAUAAUGAAUUUAUGUGUUAAUUGUAAGGAAGGUACGUGUUUUCUUUCUUCCCUAGAUGCUUCAAAUGAAUCUCAUACCGGAGAAUUCAUAUUUGAAUAUGUGGACAAGUGCAUUCAAGAAGUUGGGCCAGAAAAUGUUGUCCAGAUUGUUACCGAUAAUGCUACAAACAACGUAUUAGCAGCAAAGUAUUUGAAGGAGAAGAGGCCUAACAUUUUCUGGUCGGGAUGUGCUGCUCACACGAUUGAUCUCAUGCUUGAAGGAAUUUCCAAGUUGCCUAAAUUUAAGAAAGUCAUUGAUCAAGCAAAGACUCUCACUAUUUAUAUUUACGCUCAUCAUAAAACCUUGGCAAUGAUGAGAUCUUUUACAAAGAAAAGAGAUAUCGUGCGACCCGGAAUCACGAGAUUUGCUACAUGCUUCUUGACUUUGCAAAGUUUACUUGAAAAGAAAUCUCAAUUGAAGUCCAUGUUUGGGAGUGAUGACUGGGACCAAUGCAAUCACUCAAAAACAGUCAAGGGGAAGCAAGCUUUAGCAACUGUAAUGAGUACGGCUUUUUGGAAUUCCUUAAGUUUAUGCUUGAACAUUUAUGCUCCUUUGGUGAAUGUCCUUCGGUUUGCAGAUGGGGAUAAGCCAACAAUGGGUUUCAUUUAUGGAAAACUAUUGGAGGCAAAGAAUUCUAUAAAGGAAGCUAGUAAUAAUCUUGAGAGAAACUUCCAGCUUAUAUUUGCUAUUAUUGAGGAAAAACAAAAAGAUAGGCUAGAUAGUCACUUGCAUCUUACUGCUUACCUUUUGAAUCCUUAUUAUUUCUAUAAGGAUGUAAACAUUCAAUUGGAUGAGUUGGUUAUGGAUGGAUUUCUCAAUUGUGUUGAGACUUUUUAUUAUGGGGAUAUCGAGAAGCAAAGUGAAGUUGUCAAUAAUGAAAUCAAUGUGUACAAGAACAAGGGAGGACAUUUUGGAAGAGCACUGGCAAUUAAGGGAUGUCAAGUAAAUGAUGGAAAGUUUGAUCCAGCCAAUUGGUGGACAACGUACGGACAUCAAGUGCCUAAUUUGCAGAGAUUAGCUAUCAAGAUCUUGUCUUUAACUAGUAGUUCAUCCGGGUGUGAACGAAACUGGAGUACUUUUGAAUGGAUUCAUUCGAAGAAAAGAAACAGAUUAGAUGUGAAGCGUCUAAACAGUCUUGUUUAUGUCCAAUUUAAUGCAAAACUGUUGAAAAGGAAAAAGAAAGAAAUGGAUGAGUAUAUUGAUCUACUAGCAAGUGAUGCUAGGAAUGCACAAGGAUGGUUGGUUGAUGUCAAUGAAACAAUUGAAGAGAUUAAUCAUGUUGUUGAUGAAGCUUCCGACGGAAAUGAACUGUCCCAACCACGAAGAAGUGCUAGACUUAGAGAACUAUAUGACGACGACUUUGAAUCAGAUUCAGAAGACACAAAUAUGGACAUGGAUUUUCUCUUGGAUGAAGAGGAUGAAAUGACAUAGGGCACUGGAGUUGAUUGCUUCAUGGAUUGUCCGUUUGUGCUAAUCAAAUAUUCAAAUGUGUUGAUGGUUGACUGUGUGCAGUUGUUUUUGCAGUAUGUGAUCACUGCUAAUGUAGUUUUUAACUAAUAUUUCUGAUUUUUGGGUGAACAAUAGUUGCUUUUUGCUUGAUCAUUAUUGUCAUGAAGAAUGUCUUAUUUUUGGGGAAUCAUGAACAAUGUAUUAUGAUUUGUGCAGUUGCAUACAACUGAAUUUGCAAUAGUAUUUCAG